AUUUUUUUACAUUUUUACAUUAUUAUUUUUUUUACAAGCGUUACGACUUCGGGGGCCGCUCACUCUGGAUGUAAAGCAGGAUACUCUCUGCGAGGUUAUUACCGCAUGUAAAGACGGAACCGCUACAGCAAACCAACCCUGGUUCGGAAGAGCGCACGCAGCCCGGCUCCGAGCCCCGACGAGCGGACGUCUCCUCCUCCUCCUGCUCCGCGGCGCCCACCGACUCCUCCCCGCUCAGCGAGCCUCGUGCCGGCCGCAGCCACGCCGCCCCUCCCGCCCGGACACCCAGCACCAUUCAGCGCGAGGCUCUCACACCAGAUCUAUGGCAUUCUGACAAUGAACAAGCGCGCUCAGUUAUUGGAACAGCUGCAGUUUGUCCAGUUGAAAUGCACACCUCGAGACAUGCCCUGUGUGCAGGCUCAGUACGGGCCCGCCCCCCCAGGCUCCGCCUACUCCGGCCAGACCUUCAGCUACCAGGGCGACAGCUACGGCUCUGACCUCAUGGCCUCGGACUACACCAAGCUGGACCUGGGCCCCGGCGAAAUCUCGGCGGCGGCGGCCACCACCUCCCUGCCCAGCUUCAACGUGUUCGUGGAGGGCAGCUACGAGCCCAAGUCCUCCUGCCUCUACCAGAUGCCGGCGCACCGGCCCACCAUCAAGAAGGAGGAGGAGAGCUACCCCACCGCUCCCCAGAUGGAGGCCAUGUCCUCCUCCUCCAUGUACUUUAAGCAGUCCCCGCCCUCCACCCCGACCACACCCUCCCUGCCGCCCCAGCCCGGCACGGCCUUCCUGUGGGACGACGCCCCGCACCCGCACCCGCUGCCGCCUCCCUCGCACCCGCACCCCCUGGGCUCCGGCCUGGACACGGGCCCCAUCAAGUCGCCCCGCUUCCCCCACUUCUACCAGCACUCGCCGCCGCACGGCAGCGGCGGCGUCGUCGGGAGCUACGAGGGCCUGGGCGGGGGACUGGUCCGCACGCCCUCCUCCUCCUCCUCCUCCUCUUCGUCCGCCUCCCAUCCCCACGGCCCGCCCCUGGAGCAGCACAUGUACCAGCUGCACCGCGGGGCCGGGGGAAGCAGCCUGGCCUUCCGCUCGCUGGCUCUCGGGCCCUGCGGGCCCCUGCUGGGGGACAGCCUGCCGUCGCCUCCCCCGCGGGGCCCCCCAGGGGAGGGGACCUGUGCCGUUUGUGGAGACAAUGCCGCUUGCCAGCACUACGGCGUACGCACCUGCGAGGGCUGCAAGGGCUUCUUCAAGCGCACGGUUCAGAAAAAUGCCAAGUACGUGUGCCUGGCCAGUAAGAACUGUCCAGUGGACAAGAGGAGACGCAACCGCUGCCAGUACUGCCGUUUCCAAAAGUGCCUCAGCGUCGGCAUGGUGAAGGAAGUGGUGCGCACUGACAGCUUGAAAGGACGCAGAGGCCGUCUGCCCUCCAAACCAAAGAGCCCCCUGCAGACCGAGGCGUCUCCCCCCUCCCCUCCCCUCACACUGCUCUCCGCCCUGGUCAGGGCUUACUCCCACUGCACGCCCCGCGACCUCGACUACAGCCAGUUCAGCGCGGCGGACCCACCCACCUCCUCCUCUGACGCGCAGCACCUCCAGCUCUUCUACAGGCUACUCACAAUCUCCAUGGAGACCACGCGGUGCUGGGCCGACCGGCUGCCGGGGUUCUCCGAGCUGCACCGCGAUGACCAGAAUUUGCUCAUAGACUCCGCCUUCUUGGAGCUGUUCGUCCUGCGGUUGGCUCACAGGUCCAUGCUGUCAGAGGAUAAGCUGGUCUUCUGUAACGGCUUGGUGCUGCACAGGUUCCAGUGCCUUCGUGGGUUUGGAGAGUGGCUGGACUCCAUUCGGGAUUUCGCCUCCCAUCUGCAGAGCCUAAACCUGGACGCCUCUGCCUUCGCCUGUCUGUCUGCCCUGGUGCUGCUCACAGAGCAAGUCCCGGGCCUGAAGUACUCCAAGCGGGUGGAGGAGCUGCAGAAUAAAGUGGUGUGUUGCCUUAGAGACCACCUGGGGUUCGGCCCGUCCUCCUCCUCUUCGAAGGCCGCGCCCCCCCUGAGCCGCGUGCUGGACGUGAGGGCAGAGCUGCGCUCCCAGAGGACCCAGGGCCUCCAGCGGAUCUUCUACCUGAAGAUGGAGGACCUGGUGCCGCCCCCGGCCCUCAUCGACAGAUUCCUGGACACUUUGCCCUACUGACGGCGGGGGGGGAGGGAGGGGGGAGACCGACACUCUCUCGACAAACGCACGUCACGUCCUGUUUCAGCCUUCGCCCCGGGAGCACGCGCGCACAAGCCAGAAGAGAGACUCGCUCGCUCGCUCGCUCGCUCGCCGAGCGGGGAGCUCGGCGAAACGCUUUUGUUGUUUUUUUUUCCACUCAAAAGGGCACCCAAUCGGACGCUUUUCACAAAAAAAUACAAAAGACAAAUACUCGAAACGCUUUACCGUUGUGUUGUUUUUGUUCCUUUGUUUGUUUGUUUGUUUUUUUUUAUUUCACUCUCCUCUUUCCCUCGUGUGAGGGAGGACGAGGAGGGUCAAGUUGGACGAUGAAAUGAUACCUGCCCCUCUCCUCCGUGCGGGCGGUCGGAGAAAGGGCGCUGGGGGGGGGUUCACACGAGCACACCGGGCCGGCCUGUGUGGCGGCCCGGCCCGGCCCGGUCUGAGAGGGGAGGCUCGUCGGGUGGUAUGAAAGUGUGUUUAUUAAACCCGUUCGAGGUCCCGGAGGAAACCCGAGCAGCUGCUGCCGCCGCCGCCGCCGCCGCCGCUGCGUCUCCCGGUCGGUCCCCCUCUGUGGGGCAGGGUGGAAAAUGGGAGCUGCGUCUUGUCCCCCCACCCCCACCCCACCCCACCCCCCCAUCAGUCAGACCGGGCGUGGUGUGCGAGACAGUCAGCAGAAGGCCGGGAGGCCGCGGGGCCACAGGUAGCCUGGAAACGAGUAGCGUGUUUGGGCUCUCAGAAUCUCAAGUGCAAUUUCUAAAGUGCUGUCUUAUUGGAAAAAUAUGAAUAAUAAUAAUAAGAAUAAUAAUAAAAGGAAUAGUUGGAGAAGGAACAAUCUCAUUUCAAACUCUAAAUUAUUCUAAUACUAAGACUCGCCCCGUACCGUCAGGAGCUCUGGGAGAGCGAGAAAUAGAGCGAGCGAGCGAGCGAGCGAGA